GUGGCGGCAGCAGGAAUUUUUUCCAAUUAGAGACCAACAUAUGGUAAGGAUAAUUACGUGUUAAUAGAACAACAGGGAGCCGGCCUGGACCCCCUCAUUAUUGGAUCUUCUCUUAUAUACGAGUACCUUUUCCUUUAUAAUAUAAAAUGUUAAUUUAAUACUGAAUUUAAUUUCUUAAGACCUUUGACACCACUUGCCCGUCGUUUACAGAUUUUUUUAAACAUAUUUAUGAUAUAAGCGUAGUCACUGCUUCAAAAUAAUAUUUUAUAAAUUUAAUAUUAUUGAAAUUAUAUAAAACUAUAUGAGAAUACCUACGCAACAAACGUGUAACAGACAAGAUACCACAAUACUUGAAAAAUCGAAUUCAAACUAUUGAGUUAAAUUAAUAUAAUUGAACAUGGGCCAAUAAGAUUUUAGAGGGACAUGACCCAUCCGGGCCCACCUUUAGAGCCAUCACUGGUUUCACCGUCUUCUUUACAAGUUUUUAAAAUUUUUAUAUUUUUUAACUAGUAGGUAGUAAGUUUAGUAAGUACUACCCUACUUAUAUCUAAAAUACCUACUGUUUUAGUUUUGGUUCUGGUAACAACAAAAGCAAAUAUAUCAUUUUAUUAAAUAUAAAUAAUAAGUUCCAACUUUUUAUCUGUACAAAACUAUAUGUACAAUAAAAAUCUAACAAGUAAAACAAAAUCUAUACAACUUACAAUUUUUACAAUCACCAUUAAUAAUUAUUUUCUUAUUCAAAAAUAAAAAAUAAAUUUCUAAAUACGCCUGAAUCUAUAAGUUUGAUUCAAUAGCGACCGCAGGAGGGAGGCAAAAGGGGACAAUGCCCCCUUGAGAUUUUAAACUGUAUAUAAUUUUAUAACGCAUUUAUAUUUGUAUAUUUAUAGUAACACAUUAUCAAUAAAUAUUAAUAUAACUACUUACUGAAACAAAUUAAAAAAAAAUAUGUAUAUAAUAGCGUACUAUUUUUUUUUUGUCUAUAAUCCGUAUUAAAAACUGUUCCAAAUAUUUUACAUGAUUAGACCCGUAUUGGGAUACCUGGAAUUUUCCGGUAAGCCUUACUCAUAUAGGUUCUUAAUUUAAAUAAGCUUUCAAAUUUUCCUACUUUGAUUCCCUCAAAUUACCUAUUUUAGCUUUGUGAUUUCUUAUUGGUACUUAAAAAUAUUCUUUUGAAGAAUAUCUUUUGUGUAUAUAAGUAAUUUAAUCAUAUCUCGGUAAAUAUAAUAUAUAGAACUCAAAUACUCAAUAUGCGUUUGUAUUAUAUUUAAUGAUUAAUCAGUUCUCUGUUCUAUACCUACUUUAUCUACAAGUAUUACUACUUUCAAUGAUGUUUUAACCGCACUUGAGCCGUUAUCCAAAAACCAUAGAGUUCACCAGCUAUAUUAUGUACCUAAGUCCAUAGUUUUUUAUACAGUUCCUUUAUUUUAAAAAUUAUAUACCUCUACGUAAUAUGAUGUAUUGUCAAGCUGACCGAUACGGUUAUAAGUGAUACACUCACGUUUUAAAAUCAAUAUAGGUAUAGAUUCCAAGGUCGAUUAAAUGUGUUAUAGCUCACACACACCGUAUAGUAUACACAAAUGGAAAAAUUUAAGUGUGCAAUAGCAAAUUCGCGUGUGUGUGUGUGUUGUUAGUUUGAUAGCCACCUAAGCGGUUAUUUUUUUUUUAUCCCAACAGUUAUAUCUAUCGAUUUGAUGAUGUUUCCAGAGAGUAAAAAAAUGAAAACGUCCUCGUACCAAUUGUUUUAGGCUAGUGUGGAAAAAAAAAUGUCUAAAUUAAAAUUUAUUUUAAAUGAUUUUCGAGGAAAUUUAUCACGUUCACAACAUAUAUAUAUAUAUGCUGCGUUUUUAAAUAAUGUUGAAAAUGUUUGAAAUUUGAGGGAUCUUAUUAUUUCCGAGUAUACCCUUUCACCAUUCAUCUAUUUUAACUUCUCUCGUUCUAUUAAUUUUUUUACCAUUUUCCCCUACUAUCGAUUAGCAUUCAAACGCAAAAUAAAUUCUAAUGAUCAUGACAAUAAUAACCGAUAUAAUUAAAUGCACCAGUUUAAUAAUUAUUCGGAAUAAUAGAUUCAUAAUCAUUUUUAUCAAUUGCCUUUGAUUCGAUUUCUACGAUUCGUAAUAAUUUAUUACAAAUAACGAUAAAAUGUAUUAUCUGGUUCGACGAAUUUAUUUUUAAUUUUUUCUUGCCGUGUUUUCAUAGUUCUAUAAUUUAUGACUCCUAUAUCUAGAUAACUAGGUAAGUGCAUGAAGUACAUAAAUAGCUAUAACUGUUAGGGGUAGUAGUAUGACCUAUUCACCGAGAUAAUAGUCAAAAUAGUUUGUAUUAAAAAAUUGUUUGAAAAAACACGACUUCGAAUGUAUUUUUAAGUUAUAUUUACGGAGUCGCCGUCAUAACCGCCAAACCAAAAAAAAGCGAACGUCAAAAUAGCGACGGAAAAAUAGCUAAGCAUAGAAUAGCUAAAACGCAUAAUAGCGAACGUUCAGAACAGCUAAAGUAUAUUAUUUUUAAAUUAUUAUUACUGCACGUGUUUAAUGAUACAUAAGUCAUCCGGAUUUAUAAAAUUAUAAAAAAACGUAUAUUAUUUUAUCAUAGAUAUUUGUAGUGAUAAAUUAUAGUUUAUGCCUUUCAAAUAAUUUACAAUAUUUCUCUCCGUAUAUUGUUUUUGAAUUUUUAAAAUUCUUAAUGCAGUAUCUUGAUAUUUUUUUUUUCUGUUAGGUUUAGUCCACUUAUGUAUUUUGCUCUACUUUCAUUUCUGUAUUAGUCUGUUCUUGUUUGAACCCGUCUAUAAGUUCCCAAAGUGUUGGGUGACACGAUCAAAUUAAAUUAUUGAAACCACGAUUCCAACCUACAUAAUAUAUACAAAUCUAUUAAACAUAAUUAAUGUAUUUUAAAUAUAUUUAUGUAUACAUUAUAACUACCUUCGACAGAAUUAUUAGUCUUUGGAAAAUCUAUCGCACCACAACAAAUACUAAUUAUAAAUAAAUACUCAUAAUAAUAAUAAUUUUAAAAUAAUAUACUUUAGUUGUUUUGAACAUUCGUUAAUAUGACUUUUAGCUAUUUUAUGCUUAACUAUUGUUCCGUCGCUAUUUUGGCAUUCGCUAUUGUGGUUUCACAGUUUUGACGUAAACCAUAUUUAUGUAACUACUAAUUUGUUGUUCAACUCAUAUUUCGUAAUAUCGAUUAUGCAUAUUUAGUAUUUGUUUAAUAAAUACUUGAUUUGAAGGGGGAGGAGGCCUGAGUAUUGAGAGGACAAAACUUCCAAACCCCUCUAUAUUUAUCUACGACAGUGCCGUGUCAUAUACCUACCAAGUAUAUAUAAAUAUAUAAUAUAACACGCAUAAUAAUAAUUAAAAUAAUUUAGGAAAAUCCACUCUACGAGCGUGCAAAGUUCCCGGUUUCUAAACAUAUUUUAACCAAUGAAUUAUGUAGACCGUGGGUAUACAAUUUUGAAAGAAUUCGUAGCUAUUAUGCUUAGAAACUUAAAUAAAUUAAAUUUAAAUAUCUUAUUUUGUAAAUAGGUAAUACAUAGACAGGGUAUAAUAUAUAAACUAUUCUUUAAGUACUCAUAUUUUGGUACCUAUUUUUUUGAACAUUCGCUAACAUUAAUUUAUAUUUAAUUCUCGCAUAUUUAAAUUAAUAAUGAUAAUAAUGUUAUAAUACGAAUAAUAUAUACAUAUCUAUAUAUAAUAUAGUUAUUAUAUAUGUAUCUUUGUCAACCAAAUCAACAACCGUAGCUAUACGUAACUGUAUGGUCUGUAUUAGAAAUUACACGGAUAAACACAACGGAGAUACAAGGUGUUCUAAACUUAAAUUUAGAGAUCUGAAGAAAACUAUUAAAAAUAAACAUAUUUUAAUGAAUAAAAGCUUUAUUUUAGUAUUACGUUUUCAAUGUCAAGCACCUACAGUUUAGAAGAUCUUCAAGGACAUUUUUCUUUAGAUCGCCUUUAGUAUCCACUUUUUUUUUUCUGUUAGACUGAUUACACUUAAUUGAAUCAUAUAAGGUUAUAUCCUGUAUUCAAGUGGACCGAAUAACCACGGAUGUGAAUAAAUGAAUUGUCCAGUAUACCGCACGCGCACAACGUGUCACCACUUGUAAUUAUUGAAGUUUUAUUUGUACAAACUAUUUUGAUUAUUUUAUUAUAGACAUAUUUUUGAUAUGUUAAGAAAUCAUCGAAUUGGAUUAGCAUUACUCCUAUUUGUAGCUACACAACUAUGUACGCUUAAUGCAGGUAAAUAACUAAUGAUUUUAUAAAAUAUUGUAAAACACCCAAAAAGGUAGGUACUAAUCAAAAAAAUAAUUCCUGUAAGUUAUAUUUUGUGGUCACAUAGUUUUAAAAAGUAGGUAUAAAUACAUUCUAAAAAAUAAAAGUUAUAAAACUCAAGUUCCUUAAGUGGACCUUAAUUUUUCAAUUUAUUUUUACCUAAAACAAUUAUUUCAUACAGGAUUGAGUCACCACCUAUGGCCAAUGUCCCAGUUAAUACAAUUAAUUUUUAUUUUAUUCGUAAAUAGUGUAAUUUUGUAACUUGAUAUUUCACAUAGUUAUUGCUGUAUUCAUCUACAUUAAUUAAUUUACUAAUAACUUUAACUAAUAAUUUACUGGUAAUAUCAAUAAUUACAACAACAUAGAUAGCCUAAGAUUGCCAUAGAACGGGAAAAUCCAAUUUAAAAAUAUUAUUACUAAUUUUUCACUCUUUAAUAUUCCGAAGACUGAAAUUUAAAAUACCUAUGUAUUGGCAUCACGUGACCAUGAAUCAUGUAUUUAUGGUUAAAUUUUGAACUUGCUCAACAACCAUAGAUAGAUUAAAUCAAGUAUUAAUAGAAAAAAAGAUCUUACGAUGGCCAUAGAUAACGACUCCAUCCUAGUGAGGUUAUAGCUAAUAUUCAAAUUGAUUUUCCAUCAUGUUCAAAUAAACUCAUAUUAUAUAGCUUUCUCGUUAACAACGAAUAACUAUUUAAAUUUAACUUUAGUGACUAUAAAAUAAUUACUCAGUUUUAAUAUACCUAUUCAUGCAUGAUUCAAUGUUUGUUUAAAAUUUAUUAAUAUCAUAUAUUAAAUAGGCAUCAAUUUAUUUUUAAGUUAAAUAAUUACAUCGCCUUAUACCCAUAUCCAUAUAAUGUUUAACAUAUUCAAUUUGAAUGAUAAAUUAAUUUCUUCUAAUAUUUUUUUUAAAUUUUAUUUUACUUUAUUGAAAAAAUGUAUAGGUAUUAUUACGAAAUAAUUUAUUGUUAUUAUUCUCAUGGAAUCGAUCAGUUAUCAAUAAGGGAAUAUAUUAAAAUUGCAUUAUGUUUUAUCAUUUUUAGCAAGGGUACUCUACAAUGCAUCAGUAGAAUACAACUUAAGAAAACAUAUUUUUAAAGACUAUGACAAAGUUGUAAUUCCUGCUACCCGUGGUAGCUUCUUAAAAGUGAACAUGAGAAUGAUGAUAAAAAAUGCGGAGUUGGUAAAUAUUGCCUACCUAUAUAUUAUAUUUGUUACAUGUUAAAAGUCAUUAACAUUUAAAUUAAGCACUAUAUAAUAAUGUAUGCAUAAUAAUAUGUAUAAUAAUACAUUUGCAUAUGUUAUAUAGGAUUAUGAAAAAUCUCAAAUGAUCCUUAGUACUUGGUUCAUAGCAGUAAGUACACUAUAUUUAAUUAAAAAUUGUUUUAUGUUAUACUUAUCUAAACCUAAAAUAUUAUAUUAAUCCUACAGAGUACUAGUACCUACAGUCUAUACAAUACACAUUUAAUGAAUGAUUAAACUACUUAGUUAAACAAGACAAACUGUUAUUUUUUUCUUUAAUCUUUUUGUUAAUUCAUUAUGAUUUAACACGGGGUUUAAUAUCUGUCAAAAUAAUAAAAAAUUAUAGAUAUAAAUUAUUUGUUUAACGAAGUCAACUACUUUUAAUUCAAUUUAAAAACGUAUUGAACACAUCAUAACUUAGCUAACGACAAUCUGUUAAAAACUAUAUUUAUAUACUAUAGGUUUAGGUUAAAAUAUUAUCAAUUAUCAUAGUUUAAAAAUGUAUUAUGUUAUUCCAUAGAAAGAUGAUAGAGACAAAUCGCGUUUUUAAGAACAUACAUCAAUUGUACGUAUUCAGAAUUAUUUUUCGGAGAAGGAGAACUAAACUAUACGUGAACUAAAAAUAAUAUUAUUAUAAUGAUGACGAUUAAGAAAAAAAUAAUAUAUUAUAUCCCUGUCUAGGAAAUGAUAAUGUAAGGUUUUAACUCAAUAAAAGCGAGUAAUGUGGACUAACAAAAUUUGAACGAAUAUCUAUCGGACUAUAAGAUAUUAUAAUAUAAAUGAGCAAAAAUUAAUAUUUAUUAAUUAGUACUCAAUUAGCAAUUACUAAUACGAAAUUGUUAAAUGGUUAUUGACUUAUUAUAGAACUAGAAAUAAAAGUUUUCGUGUUGUUUAGAAUUGGAAUGACGAUCGAUUGAUUUGGGAUCCAGAGCAGUAUGAACAAGUGAAUUCCAUAAUAGUUGACCAUCGUGAAAUUUGGCACCCGGACGUCAUGGCGUUCAACAAGUAUGUGUAAAUCAAAAAUCACUUCGAGAUUUAGUUUAUAAUUAAAUGUAUUAUUAUUAUUAUUUCAGCGUUGAUGCUAAUAUGGAAGACGAUCGGACUCGUGUCAACAGUGUGGUGAACAACACCGGUUCGGUGAUCUGGGUGGAACCUGUACAGUACAACAUCCAUUGUCAGACGGACACGACACAUUGGCCUCACGAUACACAAACCGGAGUCUUGCGACUUGGGUCAUGGAUGUACCUAGGCAACGUGUUGAACCUAACCACUGACAACGACGAAGUCAGUUUCUCUAUUUACAAUAUACAAUAUUAAUAUAUUAUAUUUACCCUAUACCUACUCUGUCAAGAGCGCAUUUUCAUAAUAGUUGUGAUUUGAUUCGUUUAAUCCCACAGGUAGAAGUGGCGAGCUCACAUUCGGAAUGGGACAUACUCAAUGUAUACAAAGAGAGAAAUGUUAGAUUCUAUCCAUGUUGUCCCGACGAACAAUAUAUCGACAUAGAAUACAGCAUCACCAUCAAACGAAAGGUCCAUCCGUAUCAGUCAGUCAUUUAUAUUCCAGCACUAUGCAAGUAUUUUAUUGUUAUAUAUAUAAUAUAUAUAUAUACAUAAUAAGAAUAUCGGUAUUGGUAUUAUUGGCACUUGAUAAAAAUAUUAUAGAAACGGCGACUUUGAAAGGUUAUAACAGCCCGUAUCCACAAGCAACCCUGAAAAAAAUAUAAAUCAUUUUAAUUAUGAUUUUAAAAUAAAAUCAUUUUUAGAAACCCCUCCCCAGUGAAAGAAUUCUGGAUACAGUAAUGGUUACAGAAAUUGUGUUAGUUAUGAUAGACCAUAUGAAAAUAUGUAUCCAAAUCCACAUUAAAUGACCGCUAUUGCCUACAACUUAUUAUUAUCUAAAAAUAAAUAUUAUAAAAUAACUGUCGAUGACUUGAUACAUGAUUCUUAUUCAGAUAACCAUCAAUAUAUUUAAUCAAUAUAAUAAAUAUUUUUCGAAAAACACACGACGAAGAAAAUAUUCAGUAUAAUAAUAAAACGAUGAUCAGCUUGCAUAUAGCAGUAUUUAAAAUCUGCAAUUUCUAUUGGAUGAUUGAACAAAAAUUAGCACAGAGAAAAAUAUCUUAUGGUUUGUGCUUAUCAGUAAAUGGGUAGGUAUAAGGUUAUUAUUUUUAAAACUGUUCCAGGAUGAUUUUUUUUGUUGAUUUUUUGGAAGUAAUUAUAUUAACUGAUUUUAAUUUAUCUUUAUCAUAGUCAAAGCAGGAUUAGCUUUGCUUCACGUUCCGUAAGCAAAUAAUUCAGAUGGACUUAACUGGCCCAUUGCCUGUUUUUAUAGACCUGGCCUGUAUCUCAGCCGUGCUUCUAUAGUUAUGCAAAAUUAAAAUGAUAUAAUCCUGCCGUUAACCUAUAAUUAUCAAAAACAAAGACCAAUUAUAAUCUGUCUAACCUUAGAUCAUAAACAUUGUAUUUGUCCUUUUAAGUAUUAUUAUUAUUAUUUUUUUUUUUAAUAAACAAAAUUAAUGGCAAAAAUUGUUGUUAUAAGGUGUAUUAUACUUACAAGGUAAGAUGGGUAUUAUUUUAUAAUAUCUACUUGAAACAUCAAAUAAAAUAUCCCAAGUUUCUUACUAUUAUAAAUAUAUUAAUUAACAAUAGUAGAUGUUUUUAUUUUUUUAAAUUUGGGGCGUAAUGAGGAACGUCUUGAUUUUCCAAUGAUGUUUAAUUUAAUUUAGUUUUUUUCUGUAAGCAAUUUUUCCACCAAAAAUCUCGCUCCGGUGUAUCAAGUAUAGCACCUUCUCUAAAUGAAAAUUUUACCUACUUGGUACUUUAAAAAGGUCAUUUUUGAUUUUCUAAAUAGGUAGUUUUCAUAAUAAUUGGGAAAAACCAAAGAAAAACUCAGGAAAACAGGAAAAUAUACGUAAAUAUAUAAAAGAAACUUCGCUCCGAAUCGUUUUUCGUUAGCAAUGGUUUACCGUUGCUUAUAAACUCAAAUUAAAUUCCUCUAUAUAUCCUAACUUCCCCUUCUCAUCUACAACAAAGGCCCCCCAUCGUGCUAAAUGUGCUCGUCUUUUUUAAUAGAUAUAACAUUAGGUAGGUGCGUACGACUUUAUUUAAUAAUUUCACAUAUUAAUUGGUGUAGAUACCUAUAAUAGUGCCCACCUAACACUAGAUACAAACAAGUUUCUACUCAAUAUUGUUUAACAUAUAUUAAUCAUUAUCAGAUUAUUAAAUUAAAUAUGCUAUGUACGUUUUAAUUUUCAUUAAAUUAAUAUAAUAAUAAAGAAAAUAACAGAAUAUUCAAUAUAUUUAGCAUAAAAUAUUUUGAUUAUACAUUAUAUUAUAAUAUAUAAUAACGAUACGGGUAAAUUGUAUUGGUCAAUGAUAAUAUUACUGUAUUUCUAAUUACAUUUUUAAAUUAAAAAAUUUUAUAAAAUAAUAAAAUUUGAUCUAAACGAUCAAAAUACAUACCUAUUUAGUACCCAUCAUUAAAACCUAUUUAAUAUGUUUGCUGAUAAACUUAAUUGUGAGCCACGUGAACUCGCAGUGAAUGAUUGGUUAUUAAGAAAAAUAACACAAAUUAUGCUUACGGCUAUGAAAAUGAAAUACAAUAAAAGAGCUUAUAGUCCACUGCUGUAUAGGUGAAAACUUAAAAAUAGGUAUAGGAUAUAUUAUAGUGUAAAUAACUUAGUUUAAGCCCUGAACGCAGUGGCGCCCAACCCUAUUACUAGCAGUUGCUACACUUUGGAAAUAAGGGUGGUUACCUAUUCAUACAUUACCAAAUUUUAAACGCAAUUUAAGACCAAACAUGUAUAUGGUGAUCUCUAUACAAUAUAAUCACGAAAUUCGGAGGAUUGUUACGUAGAAGUGGGAAAUUAUAAAUACAAAAGGGUCCGCAUUUACAUAAGUCCAAAUAUCUGGACGUUGAAAUAAAUAACACAAGAAACGACCAUGAAGAAAUUAGAAUAAGAACAACUGCUUUGAAUAAGUGUUAUUAGUACUAUUAUUAUUAUUAUUAUUAUUAUUAUCAUUAUUAUGGACUAUAGAAUAUAUUUAGUUUAAAACAAGUAUCACUUAAAUCAAAAAUGACACUAUCUAUUUUAUUUAUAACUAACCGAAUUGCAAAAAAUAAAAUCAAAAUAACAGAAACAGAAAACAUUUUCUACAAAAAACAACCCUUAAAGUUGAUUAUCAGAGCAAGAUUUCUGGAAGUUUGAAGCUUUUUACAAAUAGGAAAUAAAUCUUUUUUUUUCCUUAGACCCAUCGUAAAACAUUUUAUAAUACAUAGGUGUUAGUACCUUUAUUAAAAAUCAAUGAUAAAACACUAAAAUCAAUAGUUUCCUCGCUUUGUAGAAAAUCUAGAAAUUUAAAAAAAUUACUCACACACGGUAGAACCAACUCGCCUAAGCUAAACAUUUAAAAUAAGUAUGGCAACGUUAUGUUUAUUUUUGUGUACAAUUAUGUUACAUUUCGAUUUAUUGUUCGAUCGAAAAUAUGCUCACCGUAUUGCGAGAAAGAUAAACUAUGCUCAAUCAUGUUGCAACUAAAUAAUUAUAAUAUGGCUUAAAGGUGAUCAUUAAAUAUAAAUAUUUAUACAUACAUACCUACCUACUCGUGUGUCACAAAUUGUAUGAUUAUUAAACAACUAAAAAGUAUUAUACCUUUAUUAUACCUUUAUAAUAGGUACUCAUAUCUAUAAUUUUUAAUUUGUUUACCAAAUACCUAUUAUUUAAACGUAAUUUACAUACAUUUUAUCAAAAAAACUCAAAUUAAAAAUAUGAAUAAAUGCAUACAUCCCAUUACCCCAUUGAAUCAAUUCAAUUGUAUUUAUAUUACAUAUUUGUAUCGAUGAGUAGAGUUAGGUAUGGGUUUUCUGAAUGUUUAAAGUAAUUUUGACUACUUUGUAUAAACUCUGUGCCAGGUACUUAUGUAUUGUUAUAUUUUCUCAGGCAGUGCAUUGUUUAAUUUAUUGACAUUUUGGCUACCACACACUGACAAUUAUUGUAAACUGUUUGUAAACAUGUUUAAUGCGCUGUUCGUUGCUCUCACUAUCUUGAUCAUGUACUCCAAAGUGCCAACUGUGACUUCCACCGUGCCACUGAUUGGUAUGUAUGUGUGCUCGAAUUAGAAAAAUAAAAUAAGGGCUAUAAGACUAAAAAAUUAGCAUAGCAUGCAAUGACUGAACUAAACCUAACCUUAACCUAACUUAUUUUUAUCUUCUAAAAAUGGUUCCUUUUUAACUAGGAAUUCAAGCCAUAAAUGGCGGUUGUCACUUUGAUAGUACAAGAUAAUCAAAUAUAAUUUUUAUUUUUUUAUAUUACUCACAGAGAUGAGGACUACAAAUUUAUAUUUAAAUUAAAUUUUUAUUUUUAGGUAAAAAAAUUAAAAAAAUUACUUUUUAUUUUAUUAUUUUAAAAAAAAUUGAAUUUUAAAUUUGUAAAGAGUUUGUUCUUCUUAAAAUGUUGACGUUUACAAUUUGCAUUUUCAUUAAACUUUUAGUUUUUUAUAAUUCUUUAAAACUCUGAGAAAAAAAAGUGUAAAGACAAUGUCAACCAUACUAUUAAUAAUAACCUAUGUUAUAUUAUAAUUAUUAUUCUGAUUACCUAUAAUUAUGCAGCAGACUGUAAUCGUAUUUGCUAAUUAUUAUUAUAUUAUGGGUAACUUAUUGUAAACUUUUUUCUCUGAACUUUAAAAAAUUAUUAAAAAUCAUUUUGAAUUUAAUGAAAAUAAACAAUUAAAAUGUCAAAAUGUCUAGAAGAAUAAACUCUAUAAAAUGGUUAUCAACACAUUUUUGAAAAUAAUAAAAAAAUAAAUUUUUUAAUAUUUUUGCAAAAACAUACAAAUUUAAAUCAAAUAUAAAAUGUACACAAAAUAUUUAAUAUUUGUAGUCAUUAUCUCUGGAAGUAAUCCAAAAAAAAAAAAAAUUGUUUAUCUUUAUUAUUUCAGGAUAUGUAAAAAAUGGGUAUAUAUUUUUGGGACACUGUACAAUAAUAAUUAUUAUUUUAUAUUAUAUGAUUUUCGAAUUAUAAGACCAAAUUUUUUUUUUUUUUCAUAUAUAUUAUUAUUAUUACUUACAAAAACAGACGUACUAAUUGCCCUUCCGUCCCAAUAAAAAUAAUUAGUAAAUUGAUGCUGAAAAAAUAAAAAUAAAAAAAUAGUAGUGACGUUAUCUCAAGUUCGAGCAGUGAUGUAGACACUGUUAUAUACAUAUAUGACAUGACGCAAAGGCCAAUGUAUAAAAAAAAAUGUAUUUCAAUAAUUAUAGAUGUUACGUUAAAUUUUCGGAAAAAAAUAUAUUUUUUUCAAUUUUCAGCCAGUAUUUUUGACAUUAUAUAAUACAAAUAAAAACUAAGGUAAUAAUUCGAAACCGGUCGUAUACAUUACACUUAUCAUAAUACUACAGGCGACACAUCGAUUCAUUUAUUAAUUUUUAUUUUUACAUAUACAUUUUUUAUUUAUAUAUUUAUUUACUAUAUUCAUUUACUUUAUUUACGAGUAUGAACCAUUUUAAUAAUUUUGUUUUUACUUUAUUAUUUUAUUAUUAAAUAUUAUAUGUGUCAUCGAAUAUUUAGAAUUUAGAAUUAAGUAGGUAUACUUAUGCUAUCUAUACGUAUUGAUUAUCGUUACAUAAAAUUUACCUAAUUUUUUUAAUAAUUUAUUUUUCUUAGUCGUUUACUACACUUACAGUUUGGGACUGAUCGCCAUAACGAUUGUGAUAUCCUUGGCUGUAAAAGGCAUGUCAGCGAUGAGCAGACCAUUGCCAUACGGAAUAACGCAGUUCCUUCACUCCAAUUACCUAGUGUACUUGGGAAUCGAUAUUAUGAACGUACGCAACAAUAAUAAUUUCCAAUAAAUAUAAUAUGAAUAGUUAACAAUUAUAAUAUUAAAAUGAUACUGUAUUCUUGUCAUAUGUGGUCUAUAGGUUACUUAACGAUACUUACUUACUUACUUGCAUCUAUACCGAGUCAUUCCAAUCAAUUAGAAUCAUUAGUUAAUUAGAUUUUUACACUUGUAUAUUAUUGAAUGGUUCUUGGAUGUACAAAAAACUUAUAUUUGCAUUUUUCUAGAAGUUGUGAAAUUUUUGAUUUAUUUAUAGAUAUUUAAAUUAAGCGAGUUUUUUUUACGUAUUUUUAUUUGGUAGGUACUCUGAGGAUAAAUUGUUAGACUCAACAAAAAUGCUUGAAAAUUCGACUCGACAGGAAAUUUAUUAUAAAUCAAAUUUAGUGGUAAAAAAAAAUUGAGUGUAUAAUAAUGUAAAAUUCUUUUUUAUAAGAAUUUUAAUAUCAAAUUUUAAAAAAAAUCGUAAUCAUUACGGCUUUUCAAAACACAUAUAUAUAUAUAUAUAUAUAUAUAUAACCAAACUUGACUUCAAAUUGUUUUUCGUUGCUUACAGAUAUACAUUUAUGUAUUUGUUGAUAUUUUAAUUAAAUAUAAAAAAUGGUAGACCACAUAUUAUAACAAGAAUACCCAUCAUACUCAGUGGCAUAAAAUAGGAAAACUCUGCAAUUUUAUAGAAGCUAGGUUUUUGAAACAAUUCAAACAUUUUCAUUCAAUUUUGAAAAAUACGUAUUUAAAAAAAAAAAAAAGAGAAGCAGAAAUAUUUUGGAAAUUUUAAGUAGCGUGUGAAAUUGCAUCCUGAACAAAUUACCAUCGGGUAUCAAAUAGUAUACCAAUAACAAUAUGGCAUAAACAGUGCCAUAUACAGAAUUUUUUUUUUUUUUUGUUGGUAUUCUAAAAAAAAGUAAUUCUCUUCACUAAAAAUUAUAACCUUGUACACCUAUAUAGUAUUAAAAAAAUUUACUACAUUCAUGCAUUAUUGGUACACAUAACCUUUUAUUUUUAAAUACCUGUCAAAUAAUAAUAAUAUAAAGUAGGUUAAUAAUUGUUUUUAUUUUUUCUUAUGAAAUAAUGAGACCUAAGUAACUUCAAAUUAUGUCGAAAUUGUAAUUUGUCUGUUUUUUUUUUUUAGCCAUUGUGUCUUAUACUUCGUAUGUAAAGAUUCACAGAUAUUUCUCAAUGAACUUACAAAAGUGCAAGUCCCGUUAAAUGCUCAUUUCUACUUUUAUUAGGUACAAAACAAUGUUUUAAGAAAAUUCCGAUAACUUGUAGGUAUAAUUUGUAUAGUACAAAUCAUCAGUUAUUUUUAUAUUGAAUGCUCGUAUCUACGUCAUAAUGUUUGAUAGUUGAUACGUUACACGACAUUGCUGACAUUCACGGACUUGGAGAGAUAAAAUAAUUUUCGAAAUUCCUUUGUGCUGCAGUGGUUUAUUUUUGUGUUCCACAAUGUCUUAUAGUAUAUUUUUUAAUAAUACAUAUUUAAUAACAAAGUGCUCAUGUUAUUUCGAUUUAAAUUAUAAAAGAUAACGAUUUUAUACAAAUAAAAUUUGGGGGAGCGGUAGAGCCCAGACCCUGUGGACCCUUCUCUCUUUAUAUACGUGCCUAGAUAAAACUACCUAUUUAAAGGUUAUAUCUACCAAGCAAAUUUUUUUAAAUCAAAACUGGUCAUAAAUUCAAACAAAGAAACAACCUUGAAUUAUAUUUAGUUAGAUGUAUAAUAUUACUUCAGACUAAGUUUAUAUUAAUUUUAUUGCUAUAUCAAUUGCAACUACCUCUCCCUAGUUGUCAUUGUUGUAAUAAAUAAUCAUAUUAUGAUGCAAAAUUAUAUUUAAUCAAAUGCACGCGCUUUUGUCGUCUUUACAGGACUCGGUGGCCGAUUGUCACAUGCUUUGCGAACCCGAGGAGACCAACGGUCAAAUGGCCGACUUGAAAGCGAGGCAAAUGUUCGCCAGAGUGAUCGACAGAAUGUGUUUUAUCGUAUUUAUUUUCAUCUAUUUGAUCCUCCUGUUGCGGUUCAUGCCGUAACCCAACGAUACCCGCAACGAAAUCGAUAUCAAUUAUUAAUUAUUAAUAUAUAAUAUAAGAUAUUAAUAAUUACCGACGCUUCACAAUGUUAUGCAUUUAUAAUGUGUAGAAACUGUGACCUAUCAUACUUACACAUCUACUUAGUUAUCCCCAUAUCCCAUUUAUUACUAGCUACCAAUAAUAUUAUAUUCGUGUAUUGCCAUCGAUUACGUUGCUGUUAUUUUAUUAGGUACCAUUUUAUACAUUUUACGCAAAUUAUAACUUCUAAUAAUAUGUAGGUACGGUAUUACCUAUGUGGCUAUGUGUACCUUUGCAAUAAUAUGAGACGAUCAGUGACGAACUUCAAAUACCUAAUACAGAAAGCGUGUCAUUUGUUUGCAAUCACCUCAAUCCAGCGAUUUGUACAAUACCCAUAGCCGUUAUAAUAUAGCCACACACACAUACGUUUAGCAGCGUGUGCGUUCUAAUCAUUUAAAUUUCACAAAAAACUACCCUCCUACCCUAUAAAAUUCAGAAGCAGCCGCUUCUAAAAUAAUAAUGAGAAUAGUCUGAGUUACAAAUUACUAUAAUAACAUUACUUACCUAUACCUGCCUACCUACAUGCCUACAAAUUAAAAUAUUAGAGUUGAGCCGAUACCGAUAUCGGUACAUAAUAAUAUCGGGUAUAAGUUUUUUUUUUUGGAACCUAUAGCAAAACCGAUACAAUGUACAAUGCAAGUCGCACAUCGAUAUGUAUGUAAUGAUUGUGGUUAUAGCAAUAAUGCUGUAAAUAUUCCAAACAAACUCCCGACAAACUACGAUUUAUAUCAGUUAUCAGUUUUUGAAAAAAUAUAGGUACCUUUUACCUAUACAUUUUUUUUUUGUAUCGGUUCAUGGACCCAAGAAAAUAAAAUAUUGGAUUAGUUAUCGCCUAUUGGUUUCAUAUCGGCAACAUACACCGGAAUAUUGGAAAAAUGCGUUAUCGGUCCGGCUCUAAAAAGUAUCUAUAGCAGGGUACCAAUACCUAUAAUUUACUGUAGAUACUGUAGUACUGUUUUACUGUAGAUUCAUAACUGUAAUUUUACUAUAAUGUCAUUACUAUUAUUAUUAAUAUAUACCUAUAAAUUAUGUAUGGCG